AUGUCGACAGGAUCCGCACCCGUGACGCCUUUGGCGCAUUUUGGCCAGCAGUACGUUACGAAUGGACUCGGACGCCAGCUGGAGGCGGUCGUCCUGCGCGGCGAAGGGUCGUACAUAACACUAGAGGACGGCCGGCAGAUGCUGGAUUUUACGUGUGGCAUCGGCGUGACCAACCUCGGCCAUUGCCACCCCAGGGUUAGCGCCGCUGCGGCCGAGCAAUGCAUGAAAGUGGUCCACAUGCAGUGCAGCAUUGCGUUCCAUGAGCCGUAUCUUGAGCUCAUCAAACGGCUCCUGCUUCUGAUGCCUGACCCCUCACUCGACUCUUUUUUCUUCUGGAACUCAGGUGGCGAGGCCAUUGAGGCGGCCCUCAAAAUCGCGAGGGCCGCCACGGGAAGGCAGAACAUCAUCUCUAUGCAAGGUGGAUAUCACGGGCGAACAUACGGCGCUAUGGCCGUGACGAAGAGCAAGACAGGCUACAGCGAGGGUUUCCACCCGCUCAUGCCCGGCGUAUACUCGCUUCCCUAUCCGUUCUGGCAUCAACUCGGCAUGCCUGCGUCCACGCCAAGUAGCGAGAUCUCCGCGGCAUGCUUAUCGCAGCUCUCGCUCCUCCUAUCGCAACAAACAGCGCCGCGCGACACUGCUGCGAUCCUGAUCGAGCCCGUGCUCGGCGAGGGCGGAUACGUUCCCGCGCCGCCUGAGUUCCUGCGCGGUCUGCGGGAGGUGUGCGACCGCGAGGGCAUCCUGCUCAUCAUCGACGAAGUACAGUGCGGAUAUGGCCGCACGGGGAAGCAGUUCGCGAUAGAGUACUCGGGCGUCCGCCCCGAUAUCAUGACGAUUGCAAAGGGACUGGCAAACGGCUUCCCGCUCAGUGGCGUCAUCAGCCGUAAGGAGAUUAUGGACAAGCUCAAGCCUGGCUCGCUGGGCGGUACGUAUGCUGGGAACGCAGUGUCAUGUGCCGCGGCGUGUGCGGUCGCAGAUGUAUUCAAGGAAGAGCACAUUCUGGACAACGUCAACGCCCGAUCAAAAGAACUCUUCGCGGCGCUGAACGCCAUCCGCAGUGAUCCCACGUGUAGUCCGCACAUCCUGGACGUGCGUGGCCAGGGCCUCAUGGCCGCAAUUGAAUUUGCCUCGCCCACGGGUACGGGCCCGUACGACCGCUUCAGACGCGCGGACGCGCCGAAGGACCUCGCGCGCCGCGUGGCUAAGCGCUGCCAGGAGAAGGGCAUGCUCAUCCUGACCACGAGCGUGUACGAAGUCAUCCGGUUUAUCCCCGCGCUGAAUAUCUCGCAGGAGGACCUCGCGUUGGGAUGCCGAAUUUUCAAGGAGGCAAUGGAGGAAGUCGUACGGGAAGGGUGAUCACAGCCACUAGGUCUUGGGUUGAUGAGGACCCUCUUGUAAGGAAAGGACAAAAUCCCGCCGAAGACAUUCAUAUUCAUCGCAUGUACAAGAGUAUUUUGUAUGCAAACAGAGCACCGUUGAGUCUGU